AUGACAGCCAUGAAGGAGCAGCAGCAGCAGCAGCAGCAAGCGCAGCCGAACCCGGGCAGCAGGGGAAGCCAGGCUCAACAGCAAGACCAGGACCUUGGAAGCAACAGCCCACCACAGAGGAACUGGAAGGGAAUAGCUAUUGCACUGCUGGUGAUUCUAGUUGUAUGCUCACUCAUCACAAUGUCUGUAAUUCUUUUAACUCCAGAUGAACUGUCAACUUCAUCAGAAACCAGAUUGUCUCUGGAAGAUCUCUUCAGAAAAGAAUUCAUAAUUCACAAUCCAGAAGCCAAAUGGAUUAAUGAUACAGAAGUGGUCUAUAAAAACAGACAUGGACAUGUUGUUAAACUGAAUGUAGAAACAAAUACAACUACAUUAUUGCUGGAAAAUGCAACUUUUGUAACUUUCAAAGCAUCAAGAUAUUCAGUGUCUCCAGAUUUAAAAUAUGUCCUCCUUACAUAUGACAUCAAACAAGUUUUUCAUUAUUCUUAUACAGCAUCAUAUGUGAUAUACAACAUACAUACAAGGGAAGUUUGGGAGUUAAAUCCUCCAGAAGUAGAGAACUCAGUUUUACAGUAUGCAGCAUGGGGUGUACAAGGGCAGCAACUGAUUUAUAUUUUUGAAAAUAACAUCUACUACCAGCCUGAUGUAAAGAGCAGUUCAUUGCGACUGACAUCCUCUGGAAAAGAAGGAAUUAUUUUUAAUGGAAUUGCAGACUGGUUAUAUGAAGAGGAGCUGCUUCAUUCUCACAUUACUCAUUGGUGGUCACCUGAUGGAGAGAGACUUGCCUUUCUCAUGAUUAAUGACACAUUAGUACCGAACAUGGUUAUUCCUCGGUUUACUGGGAGUCUAUAUCCAAAAGGGAAGCAGUACCCCUAUCCGAAGGCAGGUCAAAUGAAUCCAACAGUAAAGCUGUAUGUAGUAAAUCUAUAUGGACCAACACAUACAUUAGAACUGAUGCCACCUGACAGCUUUAAAUCAAGAGAAUAUUACAUUAUGAUGGUGAAGUGGGUCAGCAAUACUAAGACGGUUGUGCGAUGGUUAAACAGACCUCAGAACCUAUCCAUCCUUACAGUGUGUGAGACAACAACUGGUGCUUGUAGCAUGAAAUAUGACUUUACAUCUGAAAUAUGGCUUUCAAAACAGAAUGAGGAACCAGUUUUCUCCAAAAAUGGCAGUGAAUUCUUUAUGACAGUUCCUGUUAAGCAAGGCGGCCGUGGAGAAUUCCAUCAUAUUGCCAUGUUUAAUGUACAAGCUAAAAGUGUACGACAUCUGACAUCAGGAAACUGGGAAGUUAUCAAAAUUUUGGCUUAUGAUGAAAAAACGCGAAAGAUCUAUUUUUUAAGUACUGAGAAUUCAUCGAGAGGAAGACAGCUACAUAGUGUGUCAACUUUUGAACUGUUGAAUCGUCAGUGCCUUUCGUGCAGUUUUAGGAAAGAUAACUGCACUUAUUUCAAUGCAAAGUUUAGCCCUACAAACAAGUAUUUCAUUCUACAAUGUAAAGGACCUGAUGUUCCAGUUGUCAGUGUGCACAGUACAAGUAAUCCUGAAAAAUUUUAUAUAUUGGAAAACAGUUCUGUAUUACAAGAAGCCCUUUUAAAGAAAAAAAAAGUCCAGACAGAAAUUAAAAUGCUUCACAUUGAUGAUUAUGAUCUUCCUUUACAGUUGUUGCUUCCAAAGGAUUUCACACCGCGGAAUAAGUAUCCACUCCUGUUAAUAGUCGAUGAAGCUCCAGGCAGCCAGUUGGUUACAGAUAAGUUUCGCAUUGACUGGGAUUCUGUGCUUGUCAACUCUGAUAAUGUCAUCAUAGCUCGGUUUGAUGGAAGAGGGAGUGGAUUCCAAGGCCUAAAGAUUCUGCAGGAAGUCCACCGUUCCUUAGGAUCAGUUGAAGUGAAGGAUCAGAUAGCAGCUGUAGAAUCAUUGCUGAAACAACCAUUCAUUGAUUCUAACAGGUUGAGCAUAUUUGGAAAGGGCUAUGGCGGAUACAUUGCGUCAAUGAUUCUGAAGUCCAAUGAAAGACUUUUCAAGUGCGGGACUGUGAUUGCUCCAAUUACAGACAUGAGAUUGUAUGCAUCAGCUUUUUCAGAAAGAUAUCUAGGUCUUCCAUCUAAGGAAGAAAAUGCCUAUCAGGCAUCCAGUGUGCUACACAAUAUUCAUGGCUUCAAGGAAGAAAAUUUGCUAAUCAUUCAUGGAACAGCUGACACUAAAGUCCAUUUCCAGCAUUCAGCAGAACUAAUUAAACAUCUAAUAAAAGCCGGAGUGAAUUAUACUAUGCAGAUCUAUCCAGAUGAAGGUCAUUACAUCACGUCAGAGAAGAGUAAAUAUCAUCUUUAUAGCACAAUCAUCGGCUUCUUUAGUGCUUGUUUAAAGGAGGAAGCGCCAAUUUUACCACAGGAGCCAGAAGAAGAUGAAUAA